AUGGAAAACCAACAAGACGAAAUUGAUCAUGACCAACAAGAAUAUGCAUUACGCAAAAGUAGUAGGAAUAGUACUACAUCGAGCAGCAAUGUUCUGUUGAGGACAUCAAAACAUUCUGAAGAUUUUGUGGAUCAACAACUCACGAAAACGGAAAUUAUAUCAGCGGAUGCAAGUGAUAUUACUUCGGAGAAGUCGUUGAGCUUGGCAGCAGGAGAAGGACAGCUUCCAACAUCUCCUCCUGCUAAACUUUUUGACGAUGGCUAUUCAACCACAAGUAGUGAUCAUGAACAACGAUAUUCUGAAUUUAAACUGGAAGAACUAGCUGUUUCUCCGCCGAAUGAAAACUACAUUCAAUUUCUAGAAAAGGAUGUUGACCUCGACAAAGAGAGUGAUAUUGAGGAAAGUGAGGAUGAAGAAGAGGAAUUAGAUCUUCAAAAUCCGAAGAGUGCACGUCAAGAGGCUCCACGUCAUGAAGAACCAAAAGAAGGGCCCAAUGCGUUACCUGGGGAUUUUCUGUUCAAUUACACCAAAUUUAACUCCACUGUUAAAAAGUUGGCGUCUCUCUUUAACGAAACUAUGGUUCUGAAAGCUGGAUCAAUGGCUGAUGAUUCUAUCAUUCACAAGAAAAUCAAUGUUGAGCAAGAAGAAGGGUUGACAUCCAAGCCAUCGUCAGCUCAACUUUCUACCAACUCUAGGGAAGUAUUGGAAAACGCAUCAGAAAUGUUUUUUGAGGCUAAAAAGAAUUUUGACAAACAUUUAAAGCAUUUAGAUUUCCGACUGAAAGAGAUGGAGGUGGCCUUUAAUUCCAGACUUGGUGAGCUUCGACAAGAAUUAACUAUUGCCAGAAAAGAAAAGGAUGUACGGUCCUUGGAAUGGAAAGAACGGUACGAUAAGCUGCAUAAAAGGUGGAAUGAUGUUAUGACAGCCAUGUCUAACUUGCAAAAAGAAAAGGAAGAAUUGAGACGAGAGCGAGAUGGUCUUUUUUCUUUGAAAAUUGGCGUUUCUUCCGCUGCAACUCAACCUUCGCAUCAAAUAGUGACCACCAAAGAACAGGAAACAAGAGUCAUCUCAAAAGAAUAUCCAGAAACGUCUCAUAUAGUUCGAUAUGACUCUCCUGCACAAAAAGAUCGACCUGAAUCGAAAGAACAAGCACUCAAAAUGAGGUAUGGUGUGCUCAGAUCCAUCUCUCAGUCCCUACUUAAUUCUAUGGUUGACUCACUCCAGUCACAAAUGGCCACUUUAUUUAUUUAUAACCCAAAACAGAAUGAGCUUCAGAGCUUUUGUUUGGUUUGCAAGUAUGAUUUUUCUGACCCUGCCUUAUCUACCCUUGUUGAGAACAAAAACAUUAGCAACGCAACUCAGUAUUCGAGCAAUACCCAUACUUUAUCAGGAGGACCAAAAUCUCCACCUAAACACAUUUACCUUCCUGCCAACCAGGGUAUUGCUGGAGAAGUGUUCACACGCUCAGUAGCACUCAACGUUUUUGAUGUACCAACAUACAAGAAACACUACAGAUAUGUUGACAAGGAGACAGGUCUAAAAACCAAAGUAGCCAUAUGCUUUCCAUUGAUUUCUAAAAAGACCAAUGGAUGUAUUGGAGUGUUAGAAGUGAUGAACAAGACGCCAAACCCAGAUGCUUUGGAAGAGAAUGAGCCAUACGAUAUUCAAGACGAGGCUAAAAUGUUUGAAUUUUCUAGGAUUUUUUCUGAACUCAUUGACAAUGAAUAUGAGUGCUUGCCUUUCUCAAUAUUUGUCAAGCCUCUAAAAACUGCGCUUGCAUGGAAAGAGAGUAAAGAAAAGAAAGAUGAUCUAUCGUACUCGAAUCUGAAUGUCACAAGGGUAUAUCCACAAAGUACGAUGAGAGUAUUCGACGAUUUAGACGACCUCUCUCCUCAAAGCCCGACAAAGAUUGGCUCGGUACGAGCUCCCAGCGCUCUAGUUCCCAAAGAAGUGGAAGAAUACAUUAAAAAGCUAGAAUCAUGUUGGAGAAAAUCAGUCAAUGAAACUGCCCAGCACAAGAACUCCAUUGUGAAGCUAGAGGAGUUAUUAAAUGAAAAACAACAGCUCCUAAAGAACUUGGAGAGGAAAAAUUCUGAACUCGAAAAAUCGUUAGAUGAAGUGAAAUCCAAAAUGAUUUCAGAGUUUAAAGAGCAGAAACAAGCAAAACAAGAAUGGAAAAUUAAGGAAAAUGAAAUGCGUGUAGAGCUAGAAUUUAUCAAAAAGACUCACAACACUCUCGUUCAAGAGCACAUGUUUCGACUAAAGGAAGAGAGUAUAAAGUCUCUUCUCCUUCCUGUAAAUACAUCCCAAAUUAGCCAAUCACUUGGAGGAGAGAAUGUAAAUACAUUGAACAAUUCGUCAUUGAUCGGAAGACAAUCACCUGUGGAACGGAAAGGAGAAUUACCUUAUCUCGACCAUAAGGUAAACAAAAAGUUAAUGGCCAAGAAGCCCUCGAAAAAUACGCUAGACCAAACAAGAGUGCCACAAGAUCUAUCCGAGAGAACUACUGCAUAUUUUCCUCCCGUUUUCUCAGAGCUUUUUACUCAAUUACCUCUUCCUGCUUUAAUUUUGAACAACAAGUUCAGAAUUUGGAGAUUUAACAAUCGAUUUUUAAGCUUUUUAGGAUGUAAGAGCGAACAACAUGAAAUUUAUUUAUCACAACUAUUGGGAAUUUCGUUUGCAGAUAUUUGUAUUGGAAUUGAACCAGAAAAUUUACCCAAGUUGAUGCAGUAUGACAUUUUGCAAGGGCUGAAUGUUGCAAACUUGGACCUGAGAAUGAAUCAAACACACGAUCUCCUUCGCCCAUUGUCUCCUUGA